AUGGACUCCUCGUCCCCGCCCAGUCCAACCAUGUCUGAGGGCACGCUCACGCCCGUCAUUCACGACGACUCCGUCGCAAGCCGCCCCCCGCUCUCUUCUUCGAAACUCGCAAACCCAUCUGCCCCCGCCGCCUCUGCGCCCGACCACGCAUCCGCGCCUGGCGGUCAGCCAAGCGCCGAGCCCAUGGCCGCCGACGCGCAACGCCCCAAGGAAGCCCUCACCAAGCUGCUGAACGGCAAGGAAAGGGAAUGGACCGCCAUCGCCGAGAAGAAAGGCCCCAUCCAACUGCUGGACCUGCCCGUCGACAUUCUCAAGGCUAUCAUCGACCAUCUCCCGCACACCAACGACCUGACCUCGCUCGCGCUGUGCCAUUCAGCCCUGCACGCAAUCACCGUACCCCACAUCUACGCGCGCUUUGAUAUCGUAUGGCCUGACAACACCGUCAAUGCCGAGCAGCGGUCUGGCGUCGACGCGCUGACCUACGGCCUCGCAACCCUGGUCAUGGGCAACGAGCUCUUCGGCGAAUCUGCAGCCCAGGUCAAGUAUGCCGAAGAACGCAGAGCCGAGCAGUUGCACCUGUCCCCAACAAAAGGCCGACCUAGCGAGCCCUUCCCGAUUCCUCGCCGUCGACAUGGAAAUCACUUCGCCGAAUACACAAAAAAGUUCUCGCUCGGGAACGGGCCGCCGGAAUGGGUUCACGAGUAUCUCAUCACAAAAGAAAGCGGGAAGAUGCUCGGCACCCUCGUCGCUACUGCAGUUGCGCGCAUGCGAAAUCUCGAGACCUUUGUGUGGGACAUGCCCACCGGCGUGCUGAGAGACGUCUGGCUCGCCUUAUCGUCCUUGGCUACCCGCGACGAUGGACUUGACUGUAGACUGGAACGCCUGUGGAUCCGAUGGCAUGACAAUACCGUCGCCGACCUUACCGCGCCCAUCGUCCCUCCUCCAAUGCCUGUGGGCCACAUCCCGCCGCCGCCACCACACGCCCAUCACGUCAGUGGAGUGGCAGCAGCUCCGGCGCCCAUGGUGGUACCGGUCAUGCAAUCUUCUGCGGCUAUGUCGGCAGUUGACCGCGUCGAGCAUCCAACCUUCUCCGUGAUUCCUGCUCUGAAGAGCCUCAGCGUCCUCGACAUCGACGAGCUUCCCUACCUCGACGAAAUGGCUAUUUUGAUCGGACGAUCACAAAAGAAGCUGAGGGAGCUACGCGUCGGGAUUGCAAGGCAUGCGCAUGAGUCAGAGAGGGAUUGGGUGACGGCGUGGGAAGGUGAUGGCGUUCAGCAGGUGGAUCACCGCACGCUUUGGACUGCGUCGAGCAAGAUCGGCGAGAAGAGGCUUGGGGGUGUUCUGGGAAUCCUUGUGGGACGAGUGUACAACAUGCGACGAAAUUCCGCCCUUGCAGAAACGGCCGAGACUAGCAGCGGCGCACACGGCGCUCUCGCGAGCGAUGCGCUGUCUGCAAAGAGCGAGAUCAACUUGGCAGAACAUCCCGCAGCGUCGGAGCGUGAGCAAGAUCUUAGCCCUGUCAGUGAAGACGGACCGCCCAGCGUUUUCGGAACACCGCCUGCAACCUCACCAAUAUCAAAUACUCAUCAAACGUCGCCUGCCCAUACAACCAGUUCUUCAUCGGCCUCGAGUGAGCCUCGGAGACCUCUUAGAAGUCGGCCCAAUGCUGACCUUGAACGUCAAGAGCGGAAGAAGAAAAUUGGCCCUAUGCUAAACACCAAGCUUCAACUCGAGACCCUCGAGCUGGAGCGUGUGCCUCUUUCUGUUUCAGUGAUGCUGCAGGCAUUUGAUUGGCCCCGGCUCACGACAUUGACUCUCCUCACCUGCAGCAAUCACGAGCAGCUCUGGAAGGCAUUGCGCCGGCAAUUCACCCCAAGGAAUCUUCCUCAAGCAUAUAAUUCCGGAUCUCCCUCAAAGAGCCAUGCGAACCACAGCCGGUUGGAAUAUCAGCUGAACCUGAAGAAGAUCCACACAAAUACUGUCUCCCCAUCCCUUAUCGCUUUCCUCAAGGAAACCCUGGCACCGAACAGCCUCGAAGUUCUUUUCCUCCAGGAAGACCGCAACUACCAUUCUUGUGUACUCAUCGGCUCCAUCUUCCGCGGUCCUCUUAGGCGGCAUCGCGCAAGCCUUAGGAAACUCAUGAUUGACAGUAGCGAAAAAGGCUCUCUGGAUCAUAUUCCACCUAACCACUGGAAGCGGUGGAUGCUUAAUCGAGAGAUCAUCACUUUCAUGACCAGUGGCCGCAUGCCCAACCUCCGUGAACUUGCAUUCUCGAUUGACUACCACGACUGGCACUACUUCCUCCAACGCCUACCGAACAUUCCGACAGUCCGCUCGCUGUACAUCCCGCACAUCGCAGAGCAUGCACACGGUAAUAACAUCGACCCUCGCGAGCUUGCACUGCAAAUAGUCGAUAUUAUCACCCUCCGGCCAGAGAUUGAGAUCUGCUACAUGGGUAUUGCGAACAAGUGCUUCGAAGUACUUGAGAAUAAGGUUUCGCAUGGUCACAUAGGCGGCACACACGUUUACGAUCCAACGGCGGCCAAUCCCUCUGCUGCAGCAACAGUUCCUGGCGUCGUAGAGCCAACGGGCUUCACUGAUAGCGAAGAAGAAGACGACGAGGACGAUGACCAUGAUGAGGACGAUCCGGAUGGCGAUGCAGACGAGGACAGUGAGGAGGAGGAGGAUGACGAGGAUGACGAUGAUUUCGACGACGACGACGACGAUGACUCGUUCAUACACAGCGAAGACGGUGCUGGAGGCCCUCGCCUGAGACUUCGGGAAAUCUUGUUCUACGAUGACAAGGUGGCGAUCUUCAAAGCUAGGCAUGGAAAACUUUGA